AUGUUUCUGACGUCUUUCUUCGACGGAGCUAGACCUCCGGACACAUCGGUGUCGACCGCGUCUGAGGGGCCCUCGCGUUCUGCAUCUUCCACUCUCGGCCGAGGCGCUGUGUCUUCCUCCUCGUCCCCCGCUUCUCAGCCUCAGCGGAUCCAACCGCAGGAUGCUCUCCGUCAGAAAUGGCCUCAGCAGAGCGGCGCCCCUGCCUCUUCACUGUCGCCCGCACCUUCCAGUGCCUCGUCAGCUGAGGCUCCUGAGAGAAAUGCUCCGUGGACAGAUCUCAGGGACGUGCUUCGCCACCAGCUUGCGCCGCGACAGCGCGCUUCUUCGCCUCCGCCUUCUCAUCCUUCUUUCGCGUCUUCUUCCACACCGUCUUCAGCCUCUGGUGUUUCGUCUGCUCCUCGUUCGGCUCCUGUCUCCUGUCCACUGGGGUCUGCCUUGCCUUCGCUGAGUCUUUCGACCGAACAGACCGAGACGAGUCCUCGAGGAGGACAGCCUCGGCCCCCCUCGGCUGAGAACGGUGGGUGGUCUGCUGGCUCCUCCGCUUCCUCGCUUUCCGGAGAGAGGCGAGAAGACACACCGAGCGUAGCUGACAGCCCGGGCCCCGAGAAUUCGGAGCACUACGCGGUACGGAGAAGCGGAGAAUUUUUUGAGGCAGGCCAGCGCCCCGAAACGGCUACCCGACCUUCCUGUUCACCUGGUUGUGAUCGCCCUCUCCACGCGGCGUCACCCCCUUUUCACGCUGUUUCUUCCUCUCCCUUCCAGUCUGCCUCGGAGCCGCCUUCUGCCGAGUUUUCCUCUUCAGAGUCGUCCUAUCCCAGAAACAGCAACACAUCUUCCUCUCCUCUCAAAGAGGCCGUGUCCUCUUCGCCUUUCGCUUGCUCGUCUGCUCCGUCUUCGUCUUUUUCUGCUUCCUCGCUUUCGUCUUCCGCUGAAGGUCCAGGAUCCGGUCGCAGCCUCGCGUCGGCGCUGGACAGUCUGGUGUUGCAGGACGUGCGGAGUCCGGCACCGUCGAGUCUCUUUGCGCCGACCCGCGUUUUCCAGGUGACCGCGCGAGGCUUGUCGACGACGCGCAACUUCCUCUUGGGCGAGGGGGAGAGAAGAGAAAUGGGUUGCGCAGCCGAGCCCCAGACGCGGCCGGAAGACGGGGCGCGGUCGGAGACGGCGAGGCGCGACGCGCCUGACAGAGGGCAGGACGGGGCCGCGCGGGAAGCGGAAGCAGCGAUCAGAGAAAACGCCGACGGCGCAGCCAAGACAGAAGAUCGAGGCGGUGCCGUCCUGUAUCUGCCUGCACAAACGGCCACGCGCAUGCGCUUCUUGGCGACGAAGAGACAUCUGGAAAACUGGCUGCCUCGCCGUCUCCCCGUCGCUCGACUCGCCACUUCGGGGCUCCUGCCCGAUCCUACGCGCUGGACGGAGACUGCGCCCUGGCUAGAGAGACAGCUCGCUCGCCACUGCCUCAGACGAGAAGACGCGCGCCUCCGAGUCUGGAUGCUUCCGCAGUCGAGGGCGCCCGCGCCCGAAAGAGAAAGGAGAGAACGCGAGUCGCGGGAUACGCGAGGCAACACAGCUGGACCAGAAGCCUCAGGCAAGCGGAGAGAAGAAGCACGAGGAAGAGAAGAAGCACGAGAGAGAGAGCGUGUGUUUCCCGGGAAGGAAACGCUGGAGAAUCGUGGUGUAGACGCGAGGGCGGACGGCGAGAGGCGCCGGAAGGUUCGGGGCGAGAGAAACUCGCUUCCAGAGUUGUGGGAGCUACGUGAGGCAGUGCAAGAGCAGAGACGCGAGCUCGUGCGAAGGGGGAGAAGCGGAGAGUUGGACGAAGACUCGGAGGGAGAAGGCUCGGAAGGAGAAGGCUCGGGAGAAGGCCGGGUGUCUCGACGGCUGGUCCAAGCCGUUGCGCGCGUCGAGGCGCUCCUCCGCGUCGAGGAAGCCCAGCUGCGGCGGCUGCGCAACGGUGAGGAAAUUUCGGUGGAAGACGAAGCAGGGGAGACGGGAUCGAAGAAGGCAGGGGGUCUGGUCGAAGCAGCCGCAGCGAACCUCGCCAAGGUCGGAUACUUGGGCCAGCAGGUUCAAGAUGUCCAGCGGUCUGUGGCGCGACUCCGCGGGCACGAGGCCGGGGAGACGAAAGAGAGGAUGCGCGAAGACGGCGAACACGGCCAUGGAGAGAACGAGGCAGGCCAGAGUGAAGAAGAGGUGCUCAUGACGGAGCUCAUGGACCAACUGGCUGAAGUUGCUCUCUUGGAAAUGAAGGAAAGAUUCCUCACUCAGCUGACGCAUCUCCUCGAGCUUACAGAGUCUGCGCGGCGUCUCCUCGACCGUUUGCUUCUGCUCCCAUCUGAUUCGUCUUCGCCUCCCGCGUUUUUGGCGACGGCGGGGCACCUUCUUGUUCUGCUCACGCACGUAGCAGAAGAGGCCCGCGUGCAGGCUCUGCCGCCGGCGACACGGCUGCAUGCGAAUCAGAGACUCCGCUCCCUCAUUCAGCGCGCUCGCGGCUGUUUGAUGGCGUUCCUGAGAGCUGCGCUAAAGUCCAUGGAAUGGGGCACGAUGGUCCCGAAGAAGCCCGUUCCCGAGGCGGAGACGGGGGCCACACGAGGGACGGCGGGGUCCGAGACAGAUGCGAACGACGCAGGAGGAGAAAAGGCGACGCCUUUUUCGCCGCUGUUUCUCGUCCUGGGGGGACUGUUUGCGCUGCAGGAACUGGACGGGGCGUGCACGGAGGCGCCCAAGCAGCCAGAGAAGAAAACGCGGUGGAGACGCGCUCAAGAAGGGCGGAAGGCGGGGGAGGCUCAGGACGAAGGUGGAGAGUCGCCUUCGAACACAACCAGACGCGUCGUGGGGCAGACUGCGGCCUCGCAUCCUGAAAAGGUCUGGGCAAUCCAAGCCCUGGCUUCCCCGCUAGCUGCAGCCUUCCAUUUCCACUUCUGCAGAGAAGAGGGCGGGCCUCUGAUGCGGUUGGACAAGCCUGAGUGGGCGCGGGAGUUUCUUUUGAAGCAGCUGGAGCGCCACGAAGAUUUGCUCUACGACUCAGCCGGAGUCGACUGGGUGGAUCCAGAAGACUGCAGAGUUGAGCAGGUUUUGCAAAAAAGUAGCAACGCACCCAGCGCUUCUGGGUCUGCCUUGGUUUCCCACUUUUUCCUCCCUGACCUUGCUGGCCAUUCUAGGAAACACGACAUGCACAUGCCCUCUACGCCCUGGCUUCGCGGGGUGUAUGGAGACGCGACGAGUACGGAGACCGAGACAGGAGACAGGGAGGAGGCCGAGGGAGAGAGGAAGGCGAGAGAAGAAGGACUGCACGCGCUAGAAAUCGCUGCAUGCUCUCUCUCGCUUCACGUCGACCCUGCGGAAGGCCUGCAGCUUAUUCUCGCCGACGCGUUUCGCCAGUUUCUCUUCGAUCGCAUGCCUCUCCUCAUUUUCGUCCCUGUCUCUUCUGCGGUCCCCGAUGCCCCACACGCGCCAGUCGCCCCACAGACGUCGCCUCUGGGUGCGUCCUCGUCUUCCACCGGGCACGGAGAGGAGUUGGAAGCAGGGAGACCACGCCAAAACGGCGAAGGCGUGGCCGUAGCUGAGGGCGAGAGUGGUUUGGGGGCCUCGUCGCAAGAGACGGCCGCGCCCGCGUCGACGCAAGUCGAGGUUGCGGCUCCUAACAGCGGUUCCGCCUCUCUGUUUCUCUUCCAUCUUCAACAGGCCCUAGAUCUGUUCGGUCUCUGGAAGGACCAAGGCAGCCUCAGGGCGGCCAGCGUCAUCGUGCGCGACUUCAACGAAAACGCGCUGGUCUAUCCUCCGGGCGCGGGCCCACUCGCGUCCCCGCAGGGACAGAGCCAAGGCGAGGCCGGCGCAGGGGGGGUCGGGAGGAAAGCGAACAAGAGAGGGAGGCGACGAAGAGACACGAGACAAGACAAGGACGGGGGGGAGACACGCAGCGAAGCAGAGACGACAGGGAUCGACGAAACGGACCGACCAAUACCCGCGAGGGACAAAGACGGAGCGGAACGGAGAGGAGCGAGAGGCAUUGGCGAGGGAAGCGUGACGGAGGGCAGGCAAGAAGCUGGAACAGGCAGCGGAGGAUUUUCUCUCCUUCGCGGCCUCGUCACAGCUGCCCUACGUGAGGAUAGUGACAGGGAGAGCGUGCAAGGCGGAGACACGCCGCAGGCUGUCUCUGCAGUCGCCAGGGGAAGACAAGGCGGACGCGGGGGGACUCCAGAUGCGGAGAGCGCCGCAGAAACACCGCGGGAACGUGACACAGACGGAGACGCUUCUGAGUUCUCCGGAUCGGAAAUGAGUGAAGAUAGCGACACCGUGAAGAAGGAAGAGCAGGAAGACUGGGUCUCUUUGAAUUUUUUCGACACCGCCAAGCCCGCGGACCGGCCUUUCCCCGGUCCCGUUGGAAUGCUCGAAUUCUGGAUAACUCUCGAUGCGGCUUUUCUGACUCGAGCGAUCGAGCAACUCAUUGCCGAUGGCGCAGCGACGCAGCCCCACGCGCUCGCCACGUUCCUCCAGCACCCCCCAGAUCUCCAAAGGCUCCUCGCUUUCUCCAGCGAACUAGUCGUCGCCGCAGUGGCGCUCUUCGACGCUGCCUCGCCCCGCGUGGGGGCGUUGUCGCAGGACGAUGCGAUUGAGAGCUUCUACAGGGGUGUGUUCGGCCCUUCUCUUCGGCGGCUUUUGGAGACACUCAAGGCUGCGUGGAACAGUCUCGACUCUCUCGCGACGUCUCCGGCGCUCUGUGGGCUGCUUCUGGAAUCGACGAACGCCCUGUGCCUGUACUUGGAUCCUCGGAAGUGGCUAGCGGAACCGAAUGAGGAGCGUUCCGAGAGGGAGGAUCCCGCUGUCUUUCUUCUGCGUGCUUUCUUCCGGCGCUUCCUCGCCUCUGAAGUCGAGGCUCUGGAAACGAUGCGAAGCCGAAUGGAGGCGUUCAUCCUCCUGGAAGUCUCAGAGCAUGUGGAGGCCGCGGCGCCUCGCCUAGCCAAGGCGAUCGCCCCGUUCGACUCUGCUCUUCGUCUCCUCGAGGGCUUCACAGCGCAACUGGACGCUCGUCUUCAAAGAGAUUUGCGGCGACGAGCUCUCCAGCAGCUGGACCAUCGGGUUCUGGAGAUCACCAGCUCGAGCCUGGCGACUCUGACCGGCCGGGAGACUUUUCUUCUGCUCGGAGAGAACUGCAUGCAUUUGCGAAAUGAGGCUGGGCGUCUCCUUCCGUCGACCUCCGCCGCCCUCGGCGCGUCGGCAGCCGAAGCUGAAGACCCGCUGCCACGAACUUACGCGGUGGGAAGGCUUCUCCUGGAGCCGUCAACUGUCUCUAAAGAAAAUUCUGGCUCUGCGUGGACCGCCGAGCGCGAGUCAAAGGCAGCCCGCGUGUCCGCGCGAGGCGCUGAGUGCGCCUCAAGACGUGCGCCAGACGGUUCGACGGAGGAACAGGAGAAUCAGGAGAAUCAGGCGUUCGAUGCGAAUAAGCAAGAGAUGACUCGGGAGAAUCGGGGACGAGGCGGAAAGCAGGAGACAGUGGAUUCACAGGAAGACCGAGGAGGCAAACUGCAGUUUUUGAUGAAUCCGCUCGCACGUGUACAGCAUGCAGCGGGGGCCUUCUGGCAACUCGCCUCUGUGGAGAGUGGACGAGGCGUCUCGGAGGAUUUUAAGACUCGAGGAGAGACGGAAUGCCUCCGCGACGCGUGCGGGGAGGGAGCGAUGGCCUCCAAAGAAGUGGCGGCUCUUGAAGAAACCUUCAGGCUUCCUCGCGGCGUCCUGACACGUCAAGAGCUUCUCCAGCUCGUCAGUCUGCGUCGAGCAGCAACGCCCUAG